AUGUACAGGGCGAAGCCUCCACCGGAGCCAGUCCAGCCACCUCCACCUGUGGGACCUGUACAGGAGGUGCACCUCGUGCUCAAGGUCCGCCUGCGGUUGAAACCACCGGCUCCGGAACCGCCACCACAGGCCGCCUGGCGCUCUGCGGCCGUGGAUCAGCCGGUGGUGGCCGGGAUGGGGGGGGAGGGGGAUGCAAGGGCGCGAGUUGGUGUGGGCGGAAGCGACUCGGAUAAGAUUUCGCUGUUUUUCUGGCGCCUGUUUCAAAAAUUGGAAUCUGGGUCGGGAACCAAUGAGGGGUUGUGUCCCGGGUUAAUGGUCGGCGACCUACGAGGUGGCGAGGACCACCCGCCGCCGCCGCACGCACCCAGCCCGCCGCCGGAUCCAACGCCGCCAGGAAAGGGCGGCAAGGGCAACAAGUCGCCUCCCAAAAAGCCGUCCACGCCCGCGUCGGCCAGGAAGAAGGCAGCUGCCGCUGCCGCAGCAGCGGCAGCGGAGGCUGCGGCGGCGGCCGCCGCCGCCGCCCUUGCCAAACCCGUUGACCCCGCGACGCUCGUCCUAACGGUCAAGUACACGCCUUUCACGGGAGCUGAGCAGGUCCUUGGGCCGAUUAAACCUGUGAAACCGGAGCUACCUGCGCCGCCGGCCGACACGGUUGCGGCGGCGGCGCUGCCGCUGCCGGCACCGACGGCCGCGGCGCCGCCGCAAGCGGGUGCCGCUGCUGCCAACUUGCCGUACGCCACCGUGGAUGUGGAGCACCACGUCAAGGUAGCAGUAGACGAGGCUGCCGUACGAUCUCUCGCUGCCGCGCACGGCAUGUUGGCGUUGACGAUCACGAUGGCGACGCCGGCGCCGGAGGGUGACGCGCCGCCGUCCAAGCCCAAGGCACUGGCGGGAUCAAAGAGCCGUGGCCCGGGUGCGGGUCCGGAGGCCCGUCCGCCCACCCCGAUGCGAAACUACUCGGCGGUGGUUAUGCUGGACUGUAGCGGGCUGCUAGUGGGCGAGAAGGCGGCAUCUUCAAUGUGGCCCGACAAGACCAAGGGCAUUCCCACCCGACUGGAGGAGGUGGCGGAGAGCCUCGAGGCGGACAUCCAGCUGCUCAGCAUUCCUCCGCCUCCCCCCCCGCCGCCACCCACCCCGCCGUCGGCCAAGGGCAAGAGGGCUCCUGCGGCCCAGAAGAAGAAGGAGGAGGAGCCCCCUCCACCACCCGAACUAAAGGACACUCCGGGGGAUCCCAUCGGGCUGUUGCACCCAGAGCUUAUUACUAUGCUCAACCCAAUUGUCGUAAGCGUACGGAAGAGCAGGGUGGUCCUACCACCCCCCAGCACCUGCGCUGGCAGCCGUUACAUUCUUUUCGGUCAGCCUGAGGUGUUCCUUGCGGGCGACCUGCCGGGGGGAGGGGAGGGUGCACUGGCGCUGUGUCGCGAGUCGCCGCUGCUGGUGGAGGUCCAUGACCGUACGGCCAUUCCGGAGCCGCCCGAGUUCGCCGUCAUGGAGGAUGAUGACGAGGAGGAGGAGGAGGAGGGAGGGGACGGGGUUACAGCAGCUCCUGGCACCCCCACCCCGGAGGGGGCCCUUACCGCCAAGGACAACGGGGGAUUGCCGGAGAGUGAGGGCUACGUCUGCGGGUUGGCGAGGGUGUCGCUGUUGGAUCUGGCGCGAGGUUACACUCAUUUCAAAUUCAAUGUCAAUCUGGCGCCACACACCACAGUCCGGGGGGCGGCCUCCCUGGACUGGACCAAGAGGCCGGGGAACUACGUAGAGGCGGGUUCGGUGUUGAAGGGCGAGGUGCGCUGUGCGGCACCGCUGUCGGCGACCCGUGGGACGGACCCCUCCCUGCGGGUGUUCAGUCGAGCCCUAUUCAUCAUGGACUACCGGGACUCAGACUUGUUCCACAUGCUGGAGGACAUUCUACGUAAGAACAACGCCUGGAAGCUAGGGCUCAAGGCACCCUCGGAUAAACUGGCUCCGGAGCUACUCCCGCCAGAGAUGAGGAAGAAGGCGCUGGAGGCGGCGGGGGGGGCAGGGGAAGGAGACGAAACCAAGGGGGAUCCUCGUCUGUCGAUCAGUUCCGGCAGCAGCCUGUCGGCGUUGCACCGUCGCUCGUCCUCGCUGUACAGCGUUCCGGAGCUGGCGGCGCGUGGCAGCAUAGGGCCUUCGGGGGGCCUGGGGCCCGAUCGCAGCGGCCGCGCGUCGCCGGGGCCGCUGCCGCGACGGGAGAGCUUGUCGCCGCCGACGUACGGCGCGAUGCCGCCGGGGAUGUUGGUGACGAACGACAGCAAGCGACACGUGCUGUUUGACACUCGAGGGAGGGCUGCGCGGGCCCUCUCCACCACCCAACUCACCCCCGACCAAGCCUCCGACCGCUCCCUGGACUUGCUGACGGGCUGGCACCUGGUGGACGGGCGGGAGAGGGUCAUUGUGGUGGAGGGGCUCGCGGAGGGAGCCAUGAAGAUCGUCAAGGGUAUUGCGGACUGGGCUCUGGAGGACCCCAAGCCUGAGGAGUCCUGGCGGCGGCGCUGUGUGCUGUUCAGCUCGUCCCCGAGUGUGCGCACCGCCUCCCGCCUGUACGCCCCGCUGGGGGUGGACCUUUGGAUUGUGAAGUUGAGGGCGCCGCUCAACAAGUUGCUGGGGGAGCCGGGGAGCUUUGCUACAGGGAGGGGCCUCCGGCGGCUGGGUACCCUUCGCUCCGUAACCAUGUGGGCCCGUCAGGCGUACGACAUGUCCUUGUGGCCCAGUCCCCUACAGCUGCAGCUGGUGGAUAAGAAGUUCGGCGGGGAGCUGAUGGCGGCGGAUGUGCUAGGAGUGGAGCCCCCUACAACCUCGGAGCGGCACUAG